GUAUCUAUAAGUACACAGAUACACGAGUGCCUUGGCAUUUCUUGGCAGAUAUAAAUACCGGCAGAUCCGCCUCGUAUCUAUGUAGUUAAGAUACGAGUAUCAUCAUUCGCGGUGUGUCUCUCAAAUAGUAGGUAUAAUGGUUUUGCCGCACAACGAAUCCCUGACCUUAAACUCGAUUGACACCUUAAUUAAUUAAUUAAAAAUUCCAAUGUGUGUUACUAAAAAUAGCUUAUAAUAAAUAAAGUUCAUCUUGUCGGUGAUCGUCUGUUACGUAACUGGUAUACCCGAUGUUCCAUUUGGUAGCGGCGAUUUUGCCCCUGAACUUUUAUGGGUUCCCUUAAAGGCACUCACGGGAGUCCCUUGGAACCCGUCAGGUUUACUUAGUGUCCCUCAAGGCACUUCCUGGGACAUCCCCCAGAUUGACCAGGUGUCUCGAUAUCCGAUUAACUAAUUAGUUAUUCCGAUCUGUAACUAGUUUUUUCGAAAUAAUUAAUACGCGAUUAUAAAACCUCUUGAUUUCAUAAAAUUAUAUCUCAGAUAACGUCCGACCGUGUAAGGACAAAGAUAUUUCUAUCGUCAUAACUGAUUUAAUAUGGAUGUGGUGCGUCACAGUCACUCGUCAGAUGGCGCGAGCGGCAGCCCCAAUGUGGCCAAAGCUGUGGCGAUGUGUGUGCUCUUCAUGUGCUCUUUUACACUGGGCUGUUUGCCCCUGAAGAUCACAAAAUGGCUCACUAGAAACGACCCGGAGGGAGACAACAAGGGGGCCAACCAAUACGUCCAAAUGCUCCUGGGCUUCGGGGGUGGAGUGCUGCUGUGCACCACUUUUCUGCACCUGCUCCCCGAAGUGAACGAGACCUUCGAGGGCCUAAACUUGACCCCCAACAUGGAGAUCCACUAUGCCGAGCUGCUCAUGUGCCUCGGCUUCUUUCUGAUGUACUUUGUCGAGGAGUGCGUCCACAUCUACUUGCACAGGCAAGAGAAAUCCACGGAACCUCUCUCGCCUUUGAUCCGCACCUUGUCGAUCAGACGUGGGGAGGACAACAACACCCCGCGUCCCUCCAUCAAAGAGGCGAUCGUGCAAGAGGACCCGAGGAAACAAAAGCAUGCGGGGCACUCGCACACGCACUCGCUCCACCACCACCACGACUCUACCGUGAAAGCGAUGCGGGGUUUGUUGAUCGUUUUAGCGUUAUCGAUCCACGAGUUGUUCGAGGGGCUGUCGGUGGGGCUGGAAUCCAGCGCCGGGAACGUUUGGUACAUGUUCGGGGCGGUGGCUGCUCAUAAAUUGGUCAUCGCCUUUUGUAUCGGGGUCGAACUGGUCACCGCGGAAGUGAGUACGAUCCUGGUACUGGUCUACGUGUUCACGUUCGCGGUGGUCAGUCCGAUGGGAAUCGGGGUCGGAAUGGCGAUCAGCAAUUUGCGAUACGCCUCGGCCGAUUUGGUGUCCGUUUUCUUGCAGGGAUUAGCCACCGGGACCCUGUUGUACGUGGUGUUCUUCGAGAUUUUACAGAACGAACGCAAAUCCGGCCUGAGGCAGUACCUCAGCGUCCUGGUCGGGUUCGUUUGUAUGUUCGGCAUCACCGUUAUUUAAUAGGUCCCUCACUGGGCCUAGUUAAAUCUUGAUCUCUUUGUAUAUAUUAGGUUAAGUCCAACUGAGUGGGUCAUAUUUUAUAUUUUUUUAAUAUAGUACUUUUUACCA